AUUGAUUGUCCAGUCGUGGUGUGUGGAUCUCGUGGUCAUAAUGGCAGAAAAAGUGCGGUUCGGAGCGGUCGACUUUACCGUUUUUGCCGUUAUGUUACUGCUCUCUGCUAUCAUUGGAAUUUAUCAUGCUUUUACCGGAGGAAGGCAGCGAACAACCAAGGAAUUUUUGUUCGCAAAUCGCGGGAUGAUGGGCAUCCCCGUGGCCUUGUCACUACUUGCUUCAUUCAUGUCAGCGAUUACUAUUCUUGGCGUACCUUCAGAGAUGUACAUCUAUGGAACACAGUAUUGGCUUAUCAUUGCGUCGUAUGUCAUUCUUUUCCCUGCUGUGGCGCUGGUUUUUGUUCCUGUGUUUCGCGCAGUGGAGAUUUCGAGUUCUUACGAGGUAGGAUCAAGAUGCAGUUGUACUGAGUUGUAAUGACAGAGCGCCGCGGUUGUUGUUUUAUGAAAGCAAACUCACUGAUCUUGGUUACAUGUCAAGGCGGCCUUUUAUCAAAGAUUUUCCCCUUUUUCCGUUUAUUUACUACAUGUACAUUUCUUUUUUUUUUUUUACUUCUUAUCUGUCGAUAAACUUUUGACAGUUUUGCGAAGAGUUGUGCCUCAGCUGAUUUGUAAUCCACGUGGUUACGGGGGUUGGUUAAUCAUUGACCAAAGUCCACCUGUUAUAGCAAGAGAGAGUUGAAAGAAAAUAUGAAAACUAACUGGAAGGGAAGCGUAAAUCUGACUCUGAUAUUUGAGUACAUAUGAAUUAGCAUGGUUUCUGGAAUAAAAUUAAGAUUUGCAGAAAACUUACUUGUAAGGGUGUUUACCAAAAGUCAUGUAAUACUGGUUAGUUAGACUAGUCAUUUUGAAAAUGAAAUAUUAGUUUUUUCUCAAAAUUCUAGCCAAAACUUAUCACUGCUGUGCAUGUUAUUUGAAGCCUCGCAAUCAAGUCUGAAUUAUAAUACCUCAAAUUAAUAGUGGAAUCCUUUUUAUGACUGCACUGGUGUGUUUGGCCAGUUCUGAGACUUCUGACAAAAUUUAAUGUUAUAAGCUCCUUUAACACUACAAUGAUAUUUUGUUUUGUUCUUCUAAUACCCCAACCUAAAGUACUUGAUUAUGCAAAAAUUUUCGUGGUUUGUGUAAAUUGUACAGUUUGGCUCCUCCCCCCUUCCCCCUUCAAUUUCAGGCAGGCUGAAACUUUGCAUUUCAUUGAUUUCAAAAAUACACGUACAUUGUAUCCAGUUUCAGUCAUCUACAUGUACAUGAAUUUGCAAAUAUUUCAGAUAAAAAAACUCUGGAGAGAGCAGAUUCCCUGGUUGGGUGGGGGCAAAAGGCUGAUUGGGUAUAAAAAUCAAAUAUGCAUGUGUUUUAAAAAUAUUCAGAUUUAUGUAGCCAGGGACUAAGACAUAAUGUUCUCAUUUGAAUUGUUUUGUUUAUAGUACUUAGAGAAGAGAUUUUCAAGUAAAGUUCGCAUUCUGGGCAGCGUGUGUUUCAUUAUACAGACUGUAAGUAUACCUUUUUAUUCAUUAUCUUCAUAUAUCUUUAUAUAAAACAAUUUCAAGUUGUUGACAGAUUCAUGAACAAUAGCCGUACUUGAAGCAAACAAAUUUUUGUACAUAAUUGUUGUUUGUUGUAUCUAUUUUAAGGGAGUUGGGAAUGAGGGCACAGGACCAGCAGAGUAGUUUUCAAAGUGGGGAGACCCAUGACCACCUCUUUUGAAGGGUGGGGGGGGUGAGCGAGUGGACUCUAAUAGUUUUAUUAUUAUACCAACAUUAAAUUCUUUACCAACACUAAUUGUAGUUACGAACAGCAAAUUUAUUUGCUACGUCAGCAAGGCAAAUUUGUCUGCUCUCCUUUUGUAGCUGUUUAGAACUGUCAGAUUACUGAACCUUUCUUUAGUGAUUGUUGAGUAGAGCCAUAUUUUUAACUUUCAAGCCACUGAAAAGGACCUUUCUCCUGCCGCACCUACACUGACUGCAUCUGCAGGAUUUACCAGCAGAAGUUUGCAGAUCAUGAUCGUAGAACUGAAGAAGUUCCUGUAACUUCUUCAUUUUGUCUAGAAUGUCAUCGAAACAUGUAAUAUCGCAACCAUUGAUCAAAACUUUAAAUUUCCAGUCUGGCUUUUAAGUACAUCAGAGACCACAUCAUUGGCCAGUUAUCGGUUUAAUGAACCGUAGUUCGGUGGAGUGGUCUUCAGAUUUAAUUAAUCAAGAACUUUCAUAAAACGCAUCAUUGCAUAUGUUGCAUAGCCUUGCUGGUUUGAACAUGAAGAGGUCUAGUGCAGUUUAGUAAUGAUAGGCAGUUUGAGACUUACUACGCAUCAGAUGUGGUGGCCUUCGUAGCUGGCAGGAUUAGCAGGCGAUUACUGUAGUGUUUGGCAGCCAAGCCACAUGGAGAUUGGGAGCUAGGGGAAUUCCCUCGUGGCUUCACCACUCACGAAAGUCCGUUGUGGCGGCUCUGCUGCUAAGAAAGAAGCACAGGCACAACCAUCCUGCCAGCUAUGCAGGCUGCAGAUAUAGGAUCAAAACGGUCCAAUAAUAAAUUUAAAUCCUCUUGUGAGGUCUGCUAGCUGAAGAUUCUUAUUCCAGCAAAGAUACUUUUUAUAUAACAAUGUAUAUUACUUGAUUUUAUUUAUUCAUGUUUCAAAAAGUGGGGGUACCUUGACCACCCAAGCCCCUCCCCCUGCAUGGGCCCUGGGGUAUUUUUACACUUUGAACAUAUGGUAUCUGUUCUUUUUUUCAGUCCCUUUAUAUGGCCAUUGUAGUUUAUGGACCAGCAAUAGCUUUAGAAGCAGGUAAUUUUACAGUGACAAACAUUUUAUCGUUUUCUCUUUUUCAAAGUCACCUCUCGGCAAGGUAACACUAUAAAAGCUUGGCCAGAAUAAAAGACACUGUGCAACAUACAAAAGUUGUUUUUAUAAGUUAAAUAGGGAACAAAAAAUUACACUAGGUAAUUGGCUGGAAAUAAGGGUAUUUGGAAGGAAUGACACUCUUAAGAGAAUGCCUGUUACAGUGUGACUACUAUAACCUGGACCACUUGGACAAUGUUUACCAAUCGGAUUACAGGAAAAUAGCAAUACAUUCCAAGAAGGUUGGUUGAAGGCCAAUCGGCAGCUAGUAAAAGAAAACAAUAAGUUACUCAAAGCACAAAAUUUAAUAAACAAUGGCAAAUGUUUUUCAAGAAUGCAAAAUGUUUCACCAGACAAUGUUCUAUUCGAAACUUUACAUAUAUGACAUCCAGGAAACAUAGAGGUCAAGUCUGUUUAAUUCCGAUCUAUGUUGGUUAUUUUGUUUCGUGGUAAUUAUGAUUGACAACUGACUUUCUCAGAACAUAUUGUUAUUUUCCCGUAAUCCGAAUGCUCAACUUUGUCUAAUUCUACAUGUAGGUGGCCCUGGUUAUAGUAGUCUUACUGUAAUAAUGUAAGUACUCUAUACUUGUGGCAGUUUACACAGUUCAACACACAUAUGAGUUUGAAUUCUUACUUUCACCGUCGUUUCAAUUAUAUUAUUUCAUUUCAUAAUGUCACCAGAUAUAAUAUUUAUGGUGCUUGCAGAACUGCCAUUACUCAGUAAAAAAUGGUUAUGCAUUUUGUUUUGUUCUCAGUGACGGGAUUUCCAGUUUGGGUGUCUAUAGUCUCCAUUGGUAUUGUGUGUACAUUUUACACAACCAUAGUAAGUAACUGUUUUUGUUUGAUUGCAAGGUCCUCAUAGUGAUUUAUAUCUCUUUACAAACUGGUUUUCACAACUAGUGUUCAAAAGAUUUCACUUGAUGCUCAGAAAUUAAUAUAUUAUUAUUCUCAGCUAAAGAGCUCAAGGGAAAGCGUGUUGUCACUGAUCACCUUUGGUGUUAAUUAUCAUUUAUUCUCAUGAAGUGUUUUGAAUCACUUGGUUCUUGCAUUUCUGUUAACAUCAAUCAAUCAAUUUAUUUUUGUACUUUGUUUUACUUGAGUUAAACUCUCUUUUCUUUUCUUUUUCCAAGGGAGGUAUAAGAGCUGUGAUAUGGAAUGAUGUGUUUCAAGCCAUUGUAAUGUUAGGUGGUCUUGUGGCAGUGCUUAUUGUAGGAGUACAGAAAGUUGGUGGGUUUGGAAAUGUCUGGGACCGUUUAGACAAGGGACAGAGACUUCAUUUCAUAGAGUAAGUUUACAAAAUGAUACACGUAGAUGAAUUAUGAGUAGUAAAAGACCCUGGUCCUUUGGAGGAUCUGUGAUAACUCAAAUGAAUGCUACUGCAUUUACAUGUAGUUCAUUCUUGUUGCUUUUGUUUUAAUCAUGACAUUAAGUGUAAAUAAAUUGUAAUCAUGAGUUGCAACAUCAGUGUAAUUACAUCAUGUACCACCAUGAUAUUCUUAUAUUGUUAUUCCAAAUAAUCAUAGUAAUAAUAUAUGCCAAAAAAUUACCCAAUUCUGAUUGGCUGAGAAAAGAGAGCGGUUCUUCUGUAACACGAGUGAAAACUUGUACAGUGUAACACAAGGCUGGUGACCAUAUAAAAAUUAAUCAAUCCUUGCACAUUUCCAAGUUCUUAGCUGAAUGAUUUUGAAAGUGUUGGUCUUGAAUUUGAAUUUGACAAAGGUAGUAGUCUGUUUCAGCCAAUCAGUUGAAUCAGGGUUCUCAAUAGAUUUUUAAGUAGGAGGUGAUCACUGAUAAAGUAGGAGGCUCUUCAGCAAAGCCAGAGGUGUCAAAACAAAGCAAAGAAAAGCGACUUAAACACAAAGUAAGCGGUUAUAAAUCCCAAAGUAAGCGGCGAUCAAUCGCCGGGUGCCGCCUUCUAUUGAGAACCCUGUUGAAUGAACUAAAAAUGCGCGCGCUGUCAAAAUUAUUUUGUUGUUUUAGUUAUGUUUUUCGUGUAUAUUAUAAAUAAGUAAUUACAUGAUUUUUCUCGUGCAAUUUGGAAUAAAUAAGCACUUGUAAAUUUCUCAAAAACCACAAAGUGCACUCGCCUUACGGGCUCGUGCACUUUUGUUGUUUUUUUGUUUACUCGUGCUUAUUUAUUCCAAAUUGCACUCGAAAUCACAUGAUUACGUUUACUAAUUGUAUAACUAUGUGCAACUGAAGGUGAUCAUAGAUCGAUUGAAACAGGUCUUGCUUUAUAGCCAAAGUUGUGGUUCAUUCUUGCGAAUUUAAUAGUACCAUGUACCAGUAAUUUACGGGAAGUUAAGUGCUUGUUUUCGCAUACUGUAGCUGAAGUGAGUAUUUUUUUUCCCUGGCCUUUGAACAGUCUUAACCCAGAUCCAACUCAGCGCCUAUCAAUAUGGACUUUGGUCAUUGGUGGAGCAUUUGGUUUGUUUCCACUCUGGGCUGUCAAUCAAACAGCUGUUCAGCGAUUCUUGGCAGCCAAGUCCAAUAAACAAGCCAAUAUGUAAGUCAAUUUAAAUUUUACAGGCAAAUAAUCUACAUUAUUCUUCAUUGUUGUUCCCACUCUCUGUCUUCCAUUAAUAAAACAAUAUUAUUAUUCUUGAUCAAUAACGAUUUCGUGAAACAUAAGCAAGCGAAUAUUAACGUUAAAAGCCGACGUUUCAGUAUCAUGAUGAUACUACCUGAGAAAUUUCUGCAAUUUGAUUAGCUAAGAGCAGUGGUAUUUCAGCUUAAUUUGAAAUACCUACAAGUGAAAAUUGCAAACCUUUCGUGGGUAGUAGUAUAAACAAAUAAUAGCAUGAUUUGUACAUGAUAUUUGGCAUAAAUACCACUUGUGAUAUUUCAAAAUUGUCUCAAAUUUCACUCCCCUAACGGCUCAUGAAAUUACGUGUAACAGUUUUGAAAUAUCACUUGAGGUAUUUAUGCCAAAUACAUGUAUCACUACAAAUCAUGCUACUACCUAUACUAAUAUUCGCUUGCUAAUAUUAUUAUUAGAUUUGGUUUUUGAUAUCUGGAGUAAUAUUAAGGUCUCAGUAAUUGUUAGCUUACAAUCAUAGACAAUAGUCCUGGGACAAAAUAAUUUUCAUUCAUGGGACUUUCUUUAAAUCACACUUUCCCAUCCAAUGGCAACUGUUGUGAAGAUCUCUUGCAGCUUAGGCAUUCUCAACUUGACAAGAACUCUUUUUGUCUCCGUUUCUCCACUUUUCUGUUUUUAGGCUUUCACUUGCUUAAUCCAAAAUAAUCUCACAAAUAUUUUCAAAAUCGUGCACUAUGUUAAACAAAUCAAAGAAAUCAAGUUUCCUGUGACGUCAUCCAUGUAUCGAUCUGCACUCUAACAGAUCAUAAGCAAUGACCAAUCACAGCACACAUAACAUUCACAUCAUUGUAUAAUUAACAAUUAUUCCACGAGGGCACGUUGGAUAUGAGAUGAUAGAUAGCCAACGAGGCGCAUAGUGCCGAGUUGGCUAUAAUCAUUUCAUAUCCAACAAGCCCGAGUGGAAUAAUUGUUUUAUUAAAAACGCCCACAAAAUCUCGUUGAAUCGCCCCGACUAGAACAAAUCGGAAAAGACAAGGGACUUCCGCUAUUCACAUGUCACACGUCUAUCAAAACUGUCAACGCGCGAACGGACUCGCUUAGACUGCAUGAAUGAAAAUCAAAACAUUGUAGCGAUGAACAUUAGUUUUCGUGAUUCUAGGAUUUUACACAGCAGAACAGCUUAAAAAACCUGGCAGAUAAUGUGAAGGAAAGGAAUUUUUAAGUGACAGCCGUCGAAAUUACUAUGAAUUUGGAUUUUCGGUGCAGUUAUAAAAGUAAGAACAACGGAGAAAAACUACCGGGAUUACCUUGGUCGCUUGUUAUGAAGUUGUUUGAAACCACAAGCUGGUUUUGCUGAACGAGAAAAGAAGCUAUACUACCGCCUCGAUUGCUCUAGUGAAUGGCUGCAUAGCCUGUAUUUGUAGCUCGUUACUUGUGAUUUAUAUUCUUGAUGUCGGAUAAACAAGCUGCAGUUAUCUAUCGGCGAGUGACUCGAUCGGCGAAUGGCUUCGCGAUCGUGAAGAAACAAUUAACACUUGUCUUCUUUCGUAGCUGGUCAAGGUACUUUAGUUCCAUGUGUUUUCAUGUGUUUUUCGACAAACUUUCAAACAAGCUCUUGUGGCUUUUUUGUUUGUUUUUGUCUUUUUUCUUUCGUUGAAAUUGCAUUUCUAGUAUUCUAAGAAAUGAAUUAAAACGAUUUGCUUCGGGCGCCGUUCUGUCCUUCGCGAAAAAAAAUCUCAGCUAGCUUCCAAUUUUAAACUGACGCGUACACCAACCAUAUAUGGAGAACAUGGUAUAUUAGCUCAUAUACCAUAACGGCUAAGCCAAUCAAAAUGCUAGAAUUGCAUUAUCCAAUGAUUCAGUUUUUAAUAAUACAUAAUAGACCCUAAUUUGCCUUUUCCUGAUUGCAUUAUUUUUUCAUUCUUAUUACAGAGCUGUAUGGAUUAACCUGCCUCUUAGCAUCUUUGCUGUUUCCCUUUGUGCACUUUGUGGAUGUGUCAUUUAUGCAUUUUAUGCAGACUGUGAUCCUAUUGCAAAUGAUCAAAUCAAGAAAGCUGAUCAGGUAGUUCUCAUUUUCUGCUUUGUUUUGUUUCUCUUAAUCUAUGUUUGUUUGUCAGAUUGUUAUAGUUGUUUUUUUUAGUUAGUUAAUAACACUUUUUAUCAGUAAGGUUGUUCCAUUUAUUUACGUUACCUACAUGUAUUCCACAGAUCCUGCCAUAUUUUGUGAUGAAUGUCUUAGGAUCACUGUAUGGUGUACCUGGUUUAUUUAUGGCUUGUCUCUUUAGUGGCACACUCAGGUAUAUACAUUAGUAGUCAGGGGUUUGAAUAAAAAUUGAAGUAGCCAGCGGGUUUGCAAAAAGUAGCCAACGGUAUCAAAAAGAGUCUUUCACUCCCCUUCUUCUGGAGGGGUCUGGAGGCAUGUACCCCUAGAAAAUUUCGAAAUUUCAAUGUCCUAAAAAUGUGAUUUCCAGCAUAAUUUCUGGGCACUAAAUUGAGUACAAAAUAAAGAUAAUGUAUUUUCGAAUAAUUUGGACAAGUAAUGCACAUAAGUCCCUGACCUUUUCUUAAAUAUUUUAAAUCAAAAGCAAAAAGUCUGUCUAGGUCCAGCAAAUUGAAAUUUAAUUUAAGUUUUGACAGAAUCUUUCUUUAAUUUAAUACUUUAUCUCAAGCGUCCAAUUUAGGGAAAAGGUAGCCUACUUCUCGGAGCAAAGUAGCCGAUGUGUUUUGUCGGUCGUUGUUGCUUAUUGAAACCCCUGAGUAAUGUACAUGUAUAGUGUUAUUGCACAGUAUAAAUUAGACAUCUGAGUCCAUAUCCUAGAACUGAUGUCAUCAUUUACUAUUUUACUAAGAGGCAAAGUGGGAGUGAAUUUAUUCCUGGACUUGCAAUAUUCUCCUAGAGAUCCAUGACCCACUGUUUAAUGUAGAUGACAAGGGGUGUAAACUUCAGAGUUCUUUUCCACACUUUUUACGCUUACUGGGGUUAACAAAUUUGGUUAUACCAAGGACUCUGUUUGCUAUAGAGAUUUGUUGCAUCAAAGUUCCACUGCAGAAGAUUUUUGUUACAGUUUGUAACAUCCAAAAACUUAAAGGUACUUUAAUGCUGUACAAUCUCAGUCAUUGAGUUUACAUAAUUAAGUUUGAAACAUAUUAAUUAUUUAUUGUGCUUUUACGCCCAGUUAAUUAUUUUUGGUUUACUGUUUUGCUGUACAGCACAGUGUCUUCUGGACUGAAUUCAUUAGCAGCCGUUGUACUGGAAGACUUUAUCAAGCCUUGGUGUAGAUAUAAAAAGAAGGAGCUUUCUGAGAUGCAUGCUACAUUUUACUCAAAAUUAUUAGGUCAGUUUACUUAAUUUUGACUCCGUUGCUUUCUGUAUUGAGAACUUCAAACUGAAAAUUAAUACCUUGCCACAAGUCAUGUGAUCCAACGAUAACUGGCCUUGCAGUCCAAGAGUUCUUAGUACAUUGCUCAGAGAUUUGUGCAUCCAAUUGCAAUUCUGAGAAACCAUGGUUGUGGAUCAUAUCGGUAGUAUAAUCAAGUACUCAGAUUCUGUCCCAUUCAAUAGGUGUGCUAUCUUUCUCACAUCAUCAUCAUAAUCAUUGCUAACCAGCUACAUUGAAAGCUCAUACAUGUACAUGGAUCUUUUUAAUCACCUGCAAGUACAUGUCUGUAUGUGCACUGGUAUACACAGUUAUUGUUAGUGGUGUAACGAUUAAUUGAAUUCUCGAUUAAUCACUAUAUGACCGUUCGGUUUGAUUCAUGAUUCUUUGCAUUCAUGUUUCAAUUUUGGUUCGAUAUUUGCACACCUUUUCCAGGGUGCCCUUAGUGAGUUAAUAUAUUGUAAAAUCGGAAUCCUGAAUGCUUUAAAUUGUGCGUUCAUGAUUGACGAGCAAAGACGAUAGCAUUUCGUGCACCAUUUUGUGUUGCCUGGUAAAAAUGCUGUCCUUCAACCACCCCUUGAGAAUUUCCAAAUAAGGCAAACUAUCUGCGACACACUCUUUGUCAGGUUCUCAAAAAUGGCGACGAACCAAGUGACUGUGAAUCCUCCUGUCCCUGCUACUAUUCUCAAAUUGAGGGUUUAGGGUUGCAUGUUGUUUACAUUACACGUUAUGUUAUAAGAAUUAAGAAAAAUUUACAUAAUCGAAUUGAAAUAAUCGACUAAAUCGAAAGGCAAUAAUCGAAAUCGAAUCAAACCGCAAGGAAUAUGAAUCGUUACACCCUUAGUCAUUGUAACCUGUGCUAGUACUUUUUCCAGUGAUGUUUUGUGUUUUCAUUUGCAGCAUUAGGAUUUGGUGUAUUGACAGUCGCUCUUUCAUUUCUUGCCACUCAGCUUGGUGCAAUUUUACAGGUUUGUUGCCUCUAGAAAUUGAAAUUUAUAUUAUCAAAUUAAUAUUAAUUUUAUUACUUGAUAGUUUUUAACAGCUUAGAAGCUGUGCAGGAGGACAGGGUGAAAGGAAAAAAACCUAAAAAUCUUCAAUUUAAGCUGCUAAAUUCUUCAGAAAGUUUCAAAAAUAAUGUAGAACUAUAUAGGUGUUUUACUGAGAGGUUUUUGUCACAUUUUCAGCUCUUUAAGAAGCUGUGUUUGUUUGUUUUGUUUUGCAAAUAGUUUCUUAAUACUACAGUGGAACCUCGUUGGUCACCAAUGGGACAAAUAAAAUUUGGCCGGUUUAACAGGGUGGCUGUAUUAACAAGGGUUUUUUUACAAGGAAAUGCAUGGUGGUUUUUGCCAGGUGGCCAAAAAAAAGUGGUAGUAAUAACAAGUUGACCAUAUUACUGAGGUGGCCUUAAGGCGGGAUUUUACUGUAUUAUUGUUAACAUCUUGACUAGUAACCAGAAAAUCAUAGGUUCGACUCCUAGUGGGAUUACUUGGACAGUAUUCAAUUUAGGCUGCAUUUUUGCGUCACUGACGCGGAAUAUUCUGUUCUGACCCAAAAUGAAAAUCAUGGAGUCAUGCUGACGCAAAAAAGUUACUUCCUGAAUAUAUAAGUACUUCCAAAGCAGCAGGUAACAAUAGAAGUAAAUUUUAAGAAAAGUUGUGUAUACUAGCGUGAAAUGAGCACACAGAAUGACUGUCAUUCAAUUUCAGACUUCAUGCUUACAAUAAGUUUUUACGUCAGGCAUUCCAUGCAAUUCUGAGAGAGACCGAAGCGUACGUAUGGACUCGCUGCAUACAUUGCUUUGCCGAUGAAUUCGCCUUCGUUUGUUGACUUUGUUCUUUUGUUUUUGUUCCAUUAUGAAACAACAACAAAAGUUACUGCGUAAGUUCAUUUUUCACAAGAAAGAGAAUGGCAGUUGAAUAUAAAAAGCAUGAAGAUGUCCAUUAGAGUUUUUCAAAGUUUCAAUAUCAUAGUUUGACCUACUCCAUUUUGGAAAUGACCCAAUUUAAAAUGCCAUGUGGGACAUAUGACCCACUUUGACCAAUUUCUAUACUGAACACUGCUUGGAGUUUUUCUUCUGAGCCACCUGUGUCACUGACUGAAAUAUCAUCUUUCUCAAAUUUUGUUGUUAUUUUGGAUUGUCCAGGUCAAGUAUCCUCCCCGUUACCAGUAAAUUGUCAUGUUUAUGUCUGGAUUUUCUUUCUUUUCAGUUGUUCUACAGCGUGUUUGGUGUUGUCGGAGGUCCUGUUGUUGGAGUAUUUUGCCUUGGAAUUUUCACUCGGCGAGCUCAUGCAAGGGUAUCCGUUGCUCUUAUAAUUAAUUCUUGCCAUGUAAUCUCCAUGUAUCUUCCUAGUAGACGAGAGUAGAUAUUGCGUAGGUGUUGUCAAAGUUAGCAGGGAUUUGACUGUGCAAACAUUGUUUGUGUAUUUUUUAUGUUAUUAUAAUAUAUUAUUCAUUAUUUUAUUUUUCACAUGCAGGGUGUUUACAUAGGUUGGUUACUUGGCUUUGCUGUAGGUCUGUGGAUUGGUAUUGGUGCCAAAGUGUACCCUCCACCAGUGACUAAACCCCCUUUAUCCACUGCUGGCUGUACAACCACACCCACAAACAGCACCAUCCCAACAACAAUUGCAGUAAACACAACAAGGUAACAACAAUCAAACCCUGCUUAACCCUUUAAGUACCAAUAGUGACCAACAUCAAUUUUCUCCCAAUGAUAUCCGUACAUUGUCAAGAGACUAGGUUAUGAGAAUUAAUAAAAUGAUCACCUAAGAGAAAAUCGCUUGAUCUUUUAUCAAAUUCUCUCAACUUAUUCUUUAAGGAAAUGUAUAGAGAUCAGUUUGGAGAAUUUGUAUGUGGAUAUUGGGGCUUAAAGGGUUAAUACAGACACUUCUUUAUUAUGGACAGUUAGCUUUGUUCACGGAGAAGUAGACUGCUUGCAGUCCACCUUUUCUCUUAAAAUCCGUCUAGUUCUUAAAUCAUCCAGCGCGAUAGCAAACCACGAUGUUGUUAUUACAAUAAGGGAUUUAUUUUUCUUCUCGGGCUCAAGGCUGUGCUCUGAGGAAAAUUAAAGGGAGCCCAAUGCUCUCAACUUGUGAAAUCCAGUGUGCCCAGCAUAUGAUUUCUAUGAAAAAGCAAAGAUUUUCUAGUCGCCCGAGAACAAAAGUAACUUUGUAAAGAAAAAUAGACUGCUUGCAGUCUACGGAGAAGAGAAAGCCCCUACAUUUUCGCUAAAUUUUCAACCUUCUUAAUAUGGACACUCCAUUAACACAGACACAAUCUAUGGCCCAGCUCAGUGUCCAUAUUUGAGAACUUUAGAUUUGAGGACGAGAACGAGUACGAGUACGAGAUUUAACCCUUUAAGUCCCAAUAGUGCUCAAAAUCAAUUUUCUCCUAACAAUAUCCAUAGACUAUCAUGAGCAAAGUCUAUGAGAAUUAACAAAAUAAUCACAAAGAGAAAAAUAUUUGAUCUUUUACCAAAUUCUCUCAACUUAUUCUUCAAGGAAAUGUAUGGAGAUCAGUUUGGAGAAUUUGUAUGUAGAUAUUGGGACUUAAAGGGUCAACUUAAAGCAGGAAAAUUUUACUUUCUCGUCUUCCCCACUAUCUGCUGAGAGCUUGGAACAGGCUAAUCACCCUCCUGUUUAAAGUUUUUGCGCGUUUUCCAAAAAAAAAGACACCCCGGAAGGCUUCAUUUUCCCUUUUUUCUCCGUUCUUUUAGCCUUGAUGAAACGAAACAAGCACGUGAAAAGAGUAUUAUAUCUUGUUCAUUAAGAUGUUAGGAUGUUGCUGAGCAUGAUAAAAUUUCGGGCGAGAUGACUUUCAGGCGACUUGACCGUAAAGCUGAAAUAAUGCCCGGCAGGCUCUUUAGUAACAGCUGCAGGUUGCAGUCCAUUCGUUCGUGUUUCCCAUAACCAUUAGUCUGUUACACAGCCGUUUUUAGUGUCGUCACGCAACGCUCCUAGUGGGGAGUAGCGUAGCGUGACGACACUAAAAACGGCUGUGUAGCAGACUACAUAACCGUAGGCAAGGGUGUAAAAUACGUAGGUUCAGCGCAUGUUAAAAAUAACUUCGUAACAAAGCGAGGACAUUUACGUUCUAUUACGUUUUCGUUAUUGAAAAGACGUCCGAGUUGUUCUUUACCACGCGAUAGUGCCUCAGGAAGUCUUGUAAGGCGGAUUUAACUUUUAAAUCUGUGGUCAAACUUCUUUGGUGUGACCAUUCUAGUGAAACCUCUCAGGCUGCCCUUUACAUGGAGCUAUUGUUUUUGUCAACAUUUUGCCAAAAUUUGGUUGAAGUUUUAAAAGUGAAAGCGUUAAGCAGUAAUACCUCUGACUCGACUGUUGAGAUAAAGAAAGGCAACAAAAACAAAUGGCUGUCACAAUCCCUUUCAAUAUAAGUAGAGAGCUUGGGGUCAAUUCAGUUGAGCUUUCCCAAGGUUAGACCCAUGCGUAGUAAAAACAUCAAGUUGUAACACAUGUCACAUAUUCUUGUCUAUUUUGAUACCACUAGUGCUUCGCCAGCUCCAGAGUAUGAAGGGCUUGUAUUGUACAGAAUAUCCUGGUUGUGGUACAGUGCUGUGUGUUUUGGUGUCACCUACGUUGUUGGACUCAUCGUCAGCGUCCUGUGGCGAGGUAAGUAUGAGUGACGCUAGGCCUCUAGCAAGACGCUAAUCGCGUCGCGCGCUUCGCGAUUUUUAUCAGCCUUGACUCGUUUCUGGUUGCACGCUGGAUGCCAUUGGAUUUUAUUCCAAGUUAGGAAAAAGGAGGGCUGAGAAAUUAGUCGUUGUCCGAUUAUACUACAUUGUAUCAAAGACAUUAAAAAUGAAAAUAUGAAAAAAAUUAUCGAGGCAAGCAAGACCAGAAGCACUGACAAAAAAUUCCCCAGGGGGGUAAAUCGAAACAAUACACUUUACACUUUGACUCUGAAGAUGACUAUCGCACAGGUUGUCGAAACGUCAGUCACUGUCAACAACUGUCCUAUUCAGGACUAUGUUCAUUCCGACGAUCAUAUUCCAGCUACUUUUGAAACGACUCCUGGGUUCCAACCUUUCACUGUUGUUACAGUAAGCUAGUGUUGACUGUUCACAGGUGAUCACCAAUGUGAUGAGGUUGAUUCGCGACUGCUAUUCAAAAUAAGAUACUGCUUACCGGACUUUGCAUCGAAGAGACCGCGAAGAACACAGGAAGACCAACAACGUCUGGAUGGCGAAGAGGUAAGUUACUUCUUUUGAGAAAGAUAAUUUUCAGUCAGUGAAACAGGCGGCUCGGAGGAAAAAAUCCAAGUAUUUCCAAUAGGAGUCAAACCUAUAGACCCCUUCAUGGUUGUGAGGGCAUGCUGGGUAAUCAGGACAGGAUGGCGGGAAAGUCAGCAGUUAGCAUGGGAAUUCAAAGUCAACUAAUUCUUCCUUAUUGAAUAUAUUCGUCACUUUCUCCUUGCAAACUUUAACUAAUGAACUUAAAGAAACUAUACACUAAACGUGGAGAGCACAGCGGUCGUUUGUCGCUUUUUAGAAAAUUUGACUCAGGCUACUUUUCGCACGACAUUUCACACAGCGAAAAUGCAGCCUCAGCUCGCAGGGUACUAGUGCAGAUGCUCUACCACUCAACGCUACAGGAGAAUCGAGGGAGCGAAGGUCACUAAACUAAGUUCUUGUGACAAACAGUAAUUUCUUUUGUUCGGGCGGCGAUAGUCUUAAUCAAGUAACCCAACGCAAAUUAGAAAGGGCCAACUUCUUUGUUUCUAAAACUUCUCGGUGGGUUUGUUUUAAAUUGUCACACUUAAAAGCUUCAAGGCCUCUGUAUUGGAGCGAAGUUGCACCGCGCCGAUCUUCACAUAUCGGAUAGGUUUUUGCCACUCUUCCUCGCAGUGUGAACGGGUAUUCGGACCGCAGCGCAAGUAAAUGAGUAAGAGUGAGGACUGGAAACUACUGAGAGGGCAGUAAAUAUUGAGGAGUGAGAACUGGGAUUUAGCGCACCAGACCCUCUCGGCCAACCGUUCGGUAAUGUUGGAUGUGUUUGAACGACUUGUUCCAGUCCUAGACCAUUACUAGUGAGUUUACGCAGCAGGACGGCGGAAAGAAGAGGACGACAAAACGCUUAUCUGUGACAAACGUGACACGGGUAUUACUUGCGUGUUUUGUCGUGAUUUUCACUUAAAGUUAAAGUUUUUGGGGCUUACAGAAAUAUCUAUUUAAAGGAAAGUGAAGUUUAGCGAAAAGUUAUUUAAAAACAAAAUUAUUCUCAAGGUUGUCACACAAGCCUUUCCAUCUUCUUUCCUCUCCCGUUCUGUUGCGUAAGUUCACUACUGUUCGUACUUUACUGGAUAGCUUUUCAUGUCGGCACCAAAAGCCAUCCGAUAUAGUUUCGAUGUAGCCUAAAAUAUAUACCUUCUCUUCCGCCACAGAAGCCUGAAAGCAAAGGAGCAGAGAGUGACAAGGACGUAAAAUGGAAAACAGGAACAGAAGAUGAUCCUUUACUCGUGACCACGUCCUUUUGAUGAAGUUAGUCAUGCUUACACCGUCAGAAAAGUCAGUUUUCUUUGUUAGUAACAUAAAGUAAAAUUUCAUUCACUCUUACGCAAACUGCAUUGAGGGGUAAAACACUCUAACAUCUGAAAAUUUAUGGAACCGAAUUUACUAAAGGGAAAUAUUAUAGUAGUAAUUGUCUGAUUAAGUGAUAAGUUAACGACAGGCAAGUGAAGCUCGAUCAUACCAUCCAGCCACUGAUCACUGUCGGAGAAGUUUCCGUCUUAAAGGUCUUUAUGGUUGUUAUAUAAACAAGCGUGUAUGCCUUACAUGAUUUAAAUGUUGUUACAAGUGGUGGCUAAUAGAUUUAUUCUAGAACAUAGGAGAGCCGUAACCGUCCCCUAACGCGUUCCCAAACAGGUCUGUGGAUAUAUUUGUAAAUUUGUAUCCAUGUUCUGGUUUGUGACCCAGGAUAUCGAGGGGGGAAGGGGGGAUAGGGGCGUAGCACGCAGAGAGGCAGAUCUUACUGCCCAGACUCGCACCCAGUCGCUAUUUAUGUGUUUUGGGGGUGAGAGAAGAUUGGGG